AAUUAUCAUAAUAACAAUCUAAACGGUUUUAACCACCUCGUCCUCGAUGUCCUCGAUGCACACAUGAAAGCGUGUGUGUGUGUGUGUGUGUGUGUGUGUGUGUGUGUGUGUGUGUGUGUGUUUAGCGACACUUGUUGCUUUAAUCAGCGGGAAUACCAUCUUUGUCAUGUUCCAAACAUUUUACAGACUGACCUCAGGGCCGCAGGGUAAUAUCAAAAUAUCGUUAUAUUAUUCUUGAUGAAGAUGUAGUAUCUCUGAUAAGUCUUAGACUAUAUUCAAAUAACCAGGGAAACACUCACUCGAUUGCUGAAACCUGUUGCUACUAAACGCCUUCAGCAUUUCAUUAAACAGGCCCUGCAACGUUUUAUUCUACCUAGAAACUGUGCAGCCUUCAGGUUUGAACUGGAGAAAAGAACCUGUAAUACGCAUACAACUGCGGAUUCAAAGUGGUUCAAGAUUUGUGAGUGUGUGUCACUACAGUGAAAAGGAGGCAGAGUCAGGGCGAUCUGACAGACAGAAUCUGAUCCGUAUCUUCACUUCAUCUUCACACAUGGAGUGAGUGAGUCAUCCCUUCAGACCAGAGAAUACAUUUUAGUCCCUGCUCAACAAAGAAAUCUUAUCUGACAGAUUUGUGAUCGCGGUCUGGUGCAGAGAGCAGCCGGUGUCAGUGAGGAGUUGAGAUGUAAAUUAAACCCGGACCCUGGAGGACAGGAGGCGUGGCGUUCUGGGGAUUAUCUCGAGGUGCGCCUCGCGGACCGAGCUGUGAUUGGUUGGCGCUCCCGGCAAACGGCACGCGACUAUGGAUGUCGCUAUAAAGAAGUCUCGCGUGCCGGUUCUUCAACUAAAACUAACUGUGUUGACCGUGAGCGCGAGCACAGAGCAACGAGUUGAUCAAAGAAGAAAAAAAAGUGUCAUUGUCUCCGCAACAACAGGACACAAAGAUGGACACCGUGCUGGACCCUUUCUCCGGACUCGACUCUUUCUCUUCCCCUCCUUAUUUCGACGAUGAUGAGUUUUUCACCGACAACUCCUCAAGAGACGGACACUUGGACACUGAUGACUUUCUGGAUGACGACGUGGACUUCCUCACCAGUCAUUUCCAAGACUAUUACGGCAAAGACUGCGGCGGCAGAGCAGCGCCUCACGAUGGAGACUACGACAUCGGCAACCUGUCCUUCUCCUCCUCGUCCUCCACCUUCUCCUACGGCUGCGCCGACAGCACCGCGGACAUGUCUCCUCCAAUGGGGCAUCACGGCGGGCCGCUACUGAAGCGAAGGAGGCGGAUGAGGUCUGAGAUGGAGAUGCAGCAGCUGAGGCAGGCGGCCAACGUCCGGGAGCGGCGGAGGAUGCAGUCCAUCAAUGACGCGUUCGAGGGGCUCCGCUCCCACAUCCCGACCCUGCCGUACGAGAAGCGGCUGUCGAAGGUGGACACGCUGCGGCUCGCCAUUGGCUACAUUAACUUUCUCGCCGAGCUCGUGCAGUCUGAUCUGCCCAUCAGAAACUCCAACAGCGAGACGCACGCGCAGCCAAAGAAGGUCAUCAUCUGCCACAGAGGAACAAGGUCUCCCUCUCCCAGCGACCCGGACUACGGCCUGCCUCCUCUUGCCGGUCACUCUCUCUCCUGGUCGGAUGAAAAGCAGCUCCGAGAGCAGAACAUUAUCCGCACCGCCAAGGUCUGGACGCCGGAAGACCCCCGAAAACUGCACAACAGAUCGGGCCUCACAGACAUUGAAAACGAGCCUCCUUUCGGCCUUGUGGCCUGAACAAAGACACCUCCGACUCGACCUGUGACACGCACAUUGUAAAUGUGAAGACUUCAGUGGAUUAUGUUAAUGUCUGUUAAUGUGCACUUGAAAGCGCGUUGUGAAACUGUGAACACCAUGUGAGCUCACUGUAUAGUUUGUAUUUAAUGCUGUAAAUAGUUUUAUCACGUUGAUAAUUUUAUUUUUGUAAUUCAGGCAACUGGCAAUCAUGUAUUUAUUUUUCCCCCCCACAGGUGAUAAUAUAUGUUUUAAUUUAAUUGCAAUGGAUG